AUGGAUGACCUCGCCAUCCUCGACGGAACCUACUUCAAAAACUUGCCGCUAACAGGCCCCUCAAACCAGAUCCCCCCUCUCAAGACUCUCACCCUCAAGUCUCGCCCUCUCGCAACCCACGCCAUCGCCUUCUCCUGCGACGCUGAGCUCGCCGUAGCAGCAGACGACUCCGUCCACGUCUUCCUCCCCGAAUACCCGACCCCCGAAGACCCAUCCACCCAAAAGCCCGCCGCCCCUCCACCCGAAGCCGUCGACGACAACCCCCAAGAUGAUGCGCUCCCAGCAGCAGCAGCAGCCGCCGCCGCCGCCGCAUCCCAAGACGCAGAGAACAAGUCCCGCCAGCAGUACUACACCUACAUCCUCCGCAUCCCCCUCUCCCGCAAACCCGACCCGCGCAUGAACGCCGCCCUCUUCGCCGCCCAGUCCCUCGCCCCGCCCGCCUACGAGGACGACUACGCCAACCCGGGCGAUGUCGACCCGGCCUCCGUCUUCGAGGGCGUCGGCUCCGGCACCGUCACCGGCUACGGCGCCUCCCUCAACCAGCUCGUCGCCCUCGAGUGGUCCCCCGCCGGCGUCGGCCGCAACCUGCGCCCCGUGCUCGCCGUCAUGCUCACCAACGGCGCCCUACUCGUCCUCGGCGAAGGCGGGGGUGCUGGUGCCGGUGCCGGCGGUGGUGGUGGUGGGAACAUCGACCUCGGGGCGCGCAUGCGCAACUUCCGCGACUGGAGGAUCCUCUGGGGCGCCGGCGCGAACCUGCCGCUCCCCGACGCCGGCAGCGAGGACGGCGCGUACCUGCCCAAGGACAAGAUCCGCUCCUUCGCGUGGGCGCGGCGCGUCGAUGCGGGGAGGGCGUUGUUGGCGUACGCGACGGACCAGGAGGAGGUUGUCGUGCUGAGCGUGCAGUAUUACCUCCCCAACGAGAACGACGACGGCUCGGAUGCCGGGGCGUAUGUGUGGGAGGUGGAGGAGGUCGCGAGGUUCGAUGGGCGGGGGCCGCAUCCCACUCCGAGCAUCACAGACCCCGACUAUACCCCAUACUCCUCGGCGUUCUCGCUAAAGUGGUCGCCCUGGCUGCUCUCCGACGACGCACGCACGGCGGUGAUAUCGUACUGCGCGCGCAACUACGUCGGCUUCCGCCGUAUCACGAUUCCCCGCGUCUGGGCGCGCGGCGCCGGCGUCGAGGUCAGCGUGGAAGAGGCCGACGUCACGGGCAUCUGCACGCACCUCGCCCCAGACGCGUUCGUGGAGUGGGAGGACGCCGUCUGGGAUCACGAUGGAGCUAAGGUUUGCCGCGGCGUGAUCGCGAGCCCGUUCAAGGCGCAGCCGUUCCAGGUCGCGCUCAAUGGGCCCGAGGGGGCGGUCGAGGAGGGGCACAAGACGGAGGUGUGCGGGACGACGUACCCUGAGGACACGACGUCUUUGGAUGCUACGAAUCCCAUCUCGAGUCUCAUCAUCCAUCCCCCCGACAUGACGAAACGCACCAAAGCGCCCUCCUACUCCCUCGUCCGGCUCUCCGCCACCGGCAGCAACGACAACUGGUUCCAGCAGAACGCCGUCGACACCUACACCGACACGGUUCUCCCCAAGUGGGCCGAGACCAUCUCCUCGACCGUCAAGCUCUCCGUGCCGGCGGCGAUGCUCGGCCGCGGCAGCGGUGGGGCAGCGGGGGGCGACGCCGAGUCCGCCGCGUCGGACGAUGACGACAGCGACGAUGAGGACUUCGACCUGCCCGAGGACGCGGGCGAGCAGAUCCGCCCGUAUCGGGUGAGGGUGUGGGGCCUGACGGUGUCGCCGGCCGGCGGGGUGACGGCAGUGCUGGUGUCGCAGCACAGCACGCAGCAGCCGGAGAAGUCUGUUAAAACCAGGGUGAUGUUUGGCGGCAAGGUUUCUUCGUCAGGUGGUGGCGGCGGCGAGAUGAUGGAUCUGGAUGGGACUGAGGAGGGGCGGCCGCGUCCGUUUUGGGAGAGGCAGAGCACUGAGGCCAAGAUGUGGGAUUGGAUGUAUGGUGGCGGGCCUGCUGUUCCCGGGACGCUUGCGACGGAGACGGCAGGGGUUGUUGAGGAUGUUGACGGGGAUGUCUCGUUGAAGGCGAGGUUGAGGGAGGUUAAGGAGAAGCAGAGAUGCGUGUUUUGCCAGACGUCGUUGAAGCAGAUGGGCAAGGAGUCUGUUUGUGAAGGGGGGCAUAUCUUUGGAUAG